AUGAAACCGGACUUUGCAUCCUCGGUCUCGCUGUCGCAGUUCGCCAGUCCAGCAACCAUCCAUACAUGGCGGAGGGUGGUGGGCAUGGUGGCGUAUGGCUUUGACCUGCUUGACUUUGGGCGCAACCUGCAGCACCUACACGACUCUCUGGGCGCGUGGCCCAUCAUUCUCAAGUUCUACGCCAUCUUCAACGUCACCUCCCAACUGCAAUCGCCCCAGUUCCAGCGGAUUGUUGCCAACCAAGCAACGCUCUCCUUCCUCGCCUCUCUCCUCCACGUCAACUCCUCCUGCGCCCCUCUCCCCGCUUCCUCCCGCCCCUCCCUCACCUGGACCCGCCCCUCCAACGCCUGCAGCUACUCCCCCCCUCGCCCCAAGCACUUUGACAGAGUAGAGGGCACGGGCUUGUUUGUCCGGGAGGAAAGAAAAAUGGGGGACGAGGAGGGGGAGCCUCGGAAAGCGGCAGAGGCUCAGGCAGGAGGAGAGGGAAGGGAAGGGACAGAGGGAGACGCGCUGACCAAUCAGGAGCAGCCAACGCAUCCCUGGGUCUGCGUUCCUGAGCUGCCAGCUGUCGACUGGCCUCGGCUGAGGUGGCGGUUUGAUUGGUCCACGUUCACCAUUCUUGCCACGUCAGACAGGAAGCCACUGGCGGUUAGAGCAUGGUUGUACGUUAUACCUUUGGGCUUUAUUCCUCUACAUUCAACCCCUCUUCUUCACCUUCAAAAACCCAAAACUCGCACACCAUCUCCUGUCCCCUUUCCCCUUUCCCCCUGUCUCCUUUUCCCUUUCCCCCUUUCCCCAUUCCCCCCUUCAACUCUUCCCCCUCCCACCUUUCCCCUUCCCCCUUCCCCUCUUCCCCCUCCCACCUUUCCUUUUCCCCCUUCCCCUCUUCCCCCUCCCACCUUCCCCCUUCCCUCUUCCCCUCUUCCCCCUUCCCCCUUCCCCUCUUCCCCUCUUCCCCCUUCCCCUCUUCCCCUCUUCCCCUCUUCCCCUCUUCCCCUCUUCCCCUCUUCCCCCUUCCCCCUCCCCCCUUCCCCUCUUCCCCUCGUCCCCCUUCCCCCACCGCACAGCCAUGGUAUGGCGUAUGUCCUGUUCGUGCAGCCCAACCCCUCUUUUCCUCUGCGCCUGCUUCCCUCUCUCCCUUCAUCCCCCCAACCCUCUCAACACCGCGUUCCCCAUCUCACCCUCUCCUCCUCCCUCCCUUUGCUGGCAGCAUCAUGCCAACGGUACCGGGCACGUAUGCAUGCAAGUUUGACCUGUGCGUGCACGCCAUGUCCCUUUUCCCCCGCACCUGCUGACCUCUCUCCCUUCAUCCCCCGCGCCCUCUCUCACCACCCCAACCCCCCUCUUCCUCAGCUCGGCGCCAAUGCCAACGGUGCCAUCACGUAUGGAGGCAAGUUCGACCUGUGUGUGCAGACCACGCCAUUCUUCCUCUGUUGCACCUGCUGA